CCUGCGUGUUGAUCCUGCAGUGGCCUCCCGGGCGGGGCUAUAUGAGUCCAUAUAAGACAAGAGAAGGUCCAGUGGGUGGAGGGAGAAUCUCUUGUGGACCUGCUGCGACCCUCUCUGCUCCUCCAGUCACUGAUCUGCUGCCUCCUCCUGUCGGGACCUCCGCCCUCCUCCACCCAGCACCAUGGAUAGCUCCGGGAUGCUCCGCGGUCUGCUGCUCGUCGGCCUGCUGUCCGUCAUGUGUCACGGCCAGGCGUCCCAGGAAGUCUCCGCAGAGGACUUUGGAGUGGAUAAAACCGAACCAGCCGCAGACAGAGACCUGAUUGAAGCACUGGAGGCUUUGCUGGGCAGGAUGCACGGUCGGAUUUCUUCCCCUGAGAAAAGAGGAAGCAUCCCACUGUGCGGGAUGGGCGACCGGUGUGCCAUGAAGUUCGGCCCUCGCAUCGGGAAGCUCUGCGACUGCGGCAGAGGAGCCAACUGCAACUCCUACCUGCUCAAGUGCAUCUGAAGCUCUGAGGAUUUUUUUUUCUUUUCCACACACACGGCAUCAUUUUCUGCAGCAUUGGACAACCUGUGCACACUCUCACAAACCCUGAGUCUACGUCUCUAAUGUCAUCAUUUACAUCCAUCGUGUAUUGUCGUUGGUUUGGCAGCUGUUGCUCGAGGAUAAGCAUGGGUUUUGUAUUGCUGAGAGUUCCGCUUAUUUACUGUAGCAUGUGAAUGUUUCAUGUUCAAUAAACACAUU